AUGGCUACCUCAGACGAACACAUUAUCCCAAUCCCCGAGCCCCAGGGGCUGCCUAUCUUGGGCAACAUUGGCGCAAUCGACAAUGAAUUUCCCCUGGGGUCUUUGCUGUCGAUGGCCAGCAAGCAUGGCGAAAUAUGGCGGAUGAGGUUCCCGGGAGGCAAGUCCUUGGUAUUUGUUACAACGCAGGCGUUGGUCAAUGAAGUUUGCGACGAAAAGCGCUUCUACAAGUCAAUCAACCCGACUCUCAAAGAAGUCAGGGGAGGCACGCAUGAUGGCUUGUUCACGGCUUAUCCCGACGAGGAGAACUGGGGUAUCGCGCACCGCAUCCUGAUGCCCGCCUUUGGACCACUCUCCAUCAGAAACAUGUACGACGAGAUGCACGAUAUCGCGUCUCAGCUGGCGCUCAAAUGGGCGCGCUACGGCUCCAACUCGCCAAUCAUGGUCACCGACGACUUCACCAGGUUAACCCUCGACACGCUGGCGCUGUGCUCGAUGGGCUUCCGAUUCAACAGCUAUUAUUCCAAUGAGAUGCAUCCCUUUAUUGACGCCAUGGCCGACUUUCUCGUCGAGUGCGGCAACCGUGGGAGGCGGCCUCCGCUGCCGUCCAUAUUCUACCGUACCCAGGACCAAAAGUUCGAUGCCGACAUUGAGAUCCUGCGGAAGACGGCACGUGAGGUGCUCGAGGCCCGUAAAGCCGGCGAGGGCGCCGACCGCAGGGAUCUCCUCUAUGCCAUGCUCAGUGGCGUCGAUUCCAAAACCGGAAAAAAGAUGACGGACGAGAGCAUCAUGGACAACUUGAUCACUUUCCUGAUUGCAGGCCAUGAGACGACCUCGGGACUGCUUUCUUUUGUAUUUUACGAGCUGAUGAAACACCCAGCAUUCUACGAAAAGGCGCAGCGGGAGGUCGAUGAGGUUGUCGGCAAGGGUCCCAUCACGGUCGACCACUUGUCUAAGCUCCCCUACCUGAACGCCGUUCUGCGCGAAACCCUGAGGGUUCACGCCACCAUCCCCAACAUCACGGUAGCUGCCCGCGAGGAUGACGUGCUCGGCGGCAAGUACAAGGUCAACAAGGAUGAAGUCAUCGUACUCCUGCUGGCCAAGUCGCACGUGGACCCACGAGUCUGGGGCAGCGAUGCCGAAGAAUUCGUCCCGGAUCGCAUGCUCGACGAGAACUUUGAGCGCAUCACCAAGGAGUUCCCCAACUCAUGGAAACCAUUCGGCAACGGCAUGCGCGCCUGCAUCGGCCGUCCUUUUGCCUGGCAGGAGGCCCUGCUGGUCAUGGCGAUGCUCCUCCAAAAUUUCAAUUUCGUUCUGGCACCAAACUACCAAUACGCCUUGAAGCAGACCCUGACCCUCAAGCCCAAGGAUCUGUACAUGCGCGCCAUCCUCCGAGACGGGCUCAACCCCACCACUUUGGAGCGCCGUCUGCAAGGCCUCGGCCAAGGGGACGCCCUCAGCACCGCCCCGGCCAACAACGGUGCGGGCCCGGGCUCUGCCGACGCCACCGGCGCCCCUCUGACGGUUCUGUACGGAUCCAACAGUGGCACCUGCGAGGCGCUGGCCCGCCGCAUCGCCACGGAUGCUCCCGCCCAUGGCUUCCAUGCCGCGACCGUCGACUGCAUGGACAGCGCCAAGGGCAAGCUUCCCACGGACCAGGCCGUCGUCAUCAUCACUGCGUCGUACGAGGGCCAGCCGCCGGACAAUGCUGGCCAUUUUGUGGCCUGGCUCGAGGGCAGCGACAAGACCACAAGACCCUUCAAGGAUGUCUCUUACGCCGUGUUUGGCUGCGGCCACAAGGACUGGGCGCAGACGUUCCACCGCGUCCCCAGGCUUGUGGACGACUCGCUCCAGGAGCUGGGUGCGUCCAGGCUCGUCGAGCCGGGCUUGAGCGAUGUGUCGACCGGCGCUGUGUUUUCCGACUUUGAAUCGUGGGAAGACGAGAAGCUCUGGCCCGCCUUGGCGUCGCGAUACCAGGUUAGUUCCAAGGCUUCGGCGGCCGAGAAUGGCGCCGAAGGCUCGGCCGUCAAGGUCCACGUCAGCAACCCGCGUAUAUCCACGCUGCGGCAGGAUGUCAAGGAGGCUCGCGUCAUCGAGGCCAAGGCUCUCACGUCGGGCCCCGAAUCUACCACCGACGGCGGCAGGCAGUUCAAGAGGCAUCUCGAGAUUGAGCUCCCCGAGGGCAUGGAGUACUCGGCUGGUGAUUAUCUCGCCGUGCUGCCGGUCAACCCCAUCGACACGGUUCUGAGGACUUUGCAUCGCUUCGGUCUGGCACGCGACGCCCACGUCACCAUUGAGAUGUCGAGCAGCCAGUCCACCGCCCUACCAACCAACACGUCCGUUCCUGCGUUUGAGCUUCUCAGUUCAUAUGUUGAGCUGUCACAGCCUGCGACCAAGAGAAAUCUGUCUGCGCUACAAGACGCAGCCUCGGACGCGGAAACCAAAUCCCAGCUUGACAAGCUUUCAGGCGAUGAUUUUGUCGACGAGGUCGGAGCCAAGCGGGUGUCGGUGCUUGAUCUGCUGGAGCGUUUCCCUACCAUCGACCUCUCGAUCGGCAGUUUCCUCUCCAUGAUGCCCCCUAUGCGUGUGCGACAAUACUCCAUCUCCUCCUCUCCGCUCGUGAACCCGUCGCGAGCCACGCUUUCCUUCUCAGUCCUCGACGCACCGUCGCUGUCCGGGCAGGGUCGCCACAUCGGCGUCGCAUCAAACUACCUGAGCUCGCUCACGGCCGGCGACAGCCUGCAGGUCUCGGUGCGCCCGUCCCACGCCGCCUUCAGCCUGCCGUCGGACCCGGAAAGAACACCACUCAUCUGCGCCGCCGCCGGCACCGGCCUCGCCCCGUUCAGGGGUUUCGCUCAGGAGCGCGCGGCCAUGAUCUCGGCCGGCCGCAAGCUCGCGCCGGCCCUGCUGUACUUUGGCUGCCGCGCCCCGGACCUCGACGACCUGUACCGCGACGAGUUCGACGCGUGGGAGAGGCUGGGCGCCGUCGAGGUGCGCAGGACCUACAGCCGCAGGCCCGAGGCCAGCGACGGCUGCAGGCACGUGCAGGACCGCAUCCUCGCCGACGCCGAUCGGCUCCUGGGCCUGUGGAGGGACGGCGCCAAGCUGUACGUCUGCGGCUCCAGGGGCGUCUCGCAGUCCGUCAUGGAUGCCAUGACGCGCAUCAAGAUGGACAAGGACCGGGAGCUGCAUGGCAAGGAGACCACGGCCGAGGAGGCCAGGCAGUACUUUGACGACUUGAGAAAUGUGCGCUACGCCACCGACGUCUUUGAUUAA